AGUCACAUGAUUUUUAAGAUGGUAUAAAACCUAUAGGGCAGCUACAGUAAGAAAACACUACAGAAAAUGGAGGGAUGCACUGUCCGAGUGGUCACUCUGUGUAUGAUAUUCAUGAUGGUCAGCGGUCAUGGACAGAAGAAGCCAAACUUCAUUGUAAUGCUAAUGGAUGAUAUGGGAUGGGGUGACCUGGGAGUUUUUGGAGAACCUAACAAAGAGACCCCUAACCUCGACAAGAUGGCCGCUGAAGGGAUGCUAUUUCCUGAUUUCUACUCGGCGAACCCCAUCUGCUCUCCAUCGAGAGCAUCACUGUUAUCGGGACGUCUGCCGAUCCGGAAUGGAUUCUACACAACCAACAUCCAUGCUCAUGACUCAUACACCCCUCAGAUCAUUAUGGGAGGUAUUCCAGACUCGGAGAUUCUCUUACCAGAACUACUGGACGAAGCUGGGUACCGCAACAAGAUUGUAGGUAAAUGGCAUUUGGGACACCGUCCCCAGUACCACCCACUCAAACAUGGCUUCCAUGAAUGGUUUGGUGCUCCUAACUGUCACUUUGGACCCUACGAUGACAUAAAAACGCCCAACAUACCUGUCUAUAGAGACGCGGAGAUGGCUGGCAGGUACUACGAGCAGUUCAUGAUAGACAGAAACACUGGACUGUCAAACUUAACCCUCGAGUAUCUAGAGGAGGGGAUUAAGUUUAUAAAGAAACAGACACUCUCAGGUGAACCGUUCUACCUGUACUGGACCCCUGACGCCACUCAUGAUCCAUUGUAUGUGUCAGAAAAGUUCUACCAGACCAGCAGAAGGGGCAGGUAUGGAGAUGCAGUGAGGGAAUUAGACUAUGCAGUGGGCGAGAUUUUAAAGACCUUGAAAAUGUUAGACAUAGACGAAAAUACUUUUGUGUUUUUCACCUCAGACAAUGGAGCAGCGACGUACGCUAAAACUGCAGCGGGCAGUAAUGGUCCAUUCCUGUGUGGUAAGCAGACGACAUUUGAGGGAGGUGUCCGAGAGCCAGCCAUUGCCUGGUGGCCAGGGACAAUACGACCUGGACAGGUGUCACACCAGGUGGGGUCAACAAUGGAUCUGUACACGACCCUGCUUGACCUAGCUGGGGUCAAGGUCCCUACAGACAGACCCAUAGAUGGUAUCAGUCUCCGGUCAACCCUCAUUAACAACACUGUAGUCCAGAGGCCACUGUUUUAUUACCGUGGAAAUGAGCUGAUGGCUGUGAGACUUGGAGACUACAAAGUUCACCUCUGGACCUACACCAACCCAAUUAAGGAAUUCAACAGGGGAGUAGACUUUUGUCCCGGCCAGUAUAUAGAGAAUGUGACUACACAUGACCAAAUCCACCACGAUCCACCUCUACUGUUCCACCUGGGCAGAGACCCUGGGGAGAAAUACUUCAUCAAGAGCCAUACUGAGGAAUACAAAAAGGUGUUACCAGGGAUACAGACGGCCAUUGACCAGCACAGGAAACACUUGGUACCUGGGGAACCGCAACUCAACAUGUGUGACCGGGCCGUCAUGAAUUGGGCUCCUCCUGGAUGUAACAAGGGAGACAACAAGUGCCUGAAAGCUCCUCCCUCUAAGCCAUAUUUGUGCAGCUGGCCCCAUUGAGAGUUGUCUUAGGUUUAAUGUACACUUUGGGUAACCAACUAACAUCUGCAUGUUUUGCAUGAAGAAGCAAAACUACAGAUUUUUUGAAUGCAGGGAGAUUAACUACCAAUAUUUUUGUA